GUUGUUUUGCUCUCAAACACUGUAGGUAUGUUUGAUAAAAGAUAAACAAAAGUAACUCCAUCUUCUCCUAAGGCAUGUUUAUAUAGAUGCUUAAAUAUCCUAAUUUAACUAAGCCCUAGUCCUGGCUUUAACUAAGCCGUCUGUCAAACCAGGCCUAAGUGUGAUGCCCAGACAUGUGAAUAAACAAUGUGGUUCAAGCAAAUUACAUUUGGUUUUAACCAAAUUAAACUGUAGUAUAAUAACCACCACACAUCUCUGUUUCAUGAGAAACAAUACAUUUUAAAUCAUGUUUCGCAUUUACACUUUUAUUGUGGCCUUUACUAAUUCUAUCUUUUUCAAAGUUUCUUGUUCGUCAUCUGAGUUCAGUUUAGAUGGAGAUUACUUAUUGGGUGGACUUUUUCCAGUACAUGAAGCUGAACAUGCAGCACCCCUGUUCACCCCAGAGGCCAUUGAAUGUUCCAGGCAAACUUUCUCAGACCCAGGCUAUCAGAUGUUUCAAGUAAUGAGGUUUGCUGUUGAGGAGAUUAAUAACUCAAGCACCCUGCUGCCCAAUGUCUCUCUGGGUUAUGAAGUUUUUGAUCAUUGUUCAGACACUAAGAAUUUCCCUUCAGUCUUCAGUUUUAUCUCACAGAACGGAUCAAUAAAUCCUCAAGAAAAACUCAACAGCCAUCAGACUAAAGUCAUUGCUUUAACAGGACCUUAUGGAAACACAAGAACAAUUACUAUUGCACCACUGAUCACAAUGGACCUUAUACCACUGGUUAAUUAUGGAGCUACCAGCUAUACAUUGAGUAAUAAACUUCAGUAUCCAUCUUUUAUAAGAACAAUCCCUAGCAACAAAGACUUGAUACAGAUGAUUAUUCACAUCAUCCGGUGGUUUAGAUGGAACUGGGUUGCUUUUCUUGGAGAUCCAGACAGUGAAGAAGGCCUUCAACUGUUUAACAAUUAUAUCAAAAAUACUGGCAUUUGUUUGGCUUAUCAAGAGAUUCUGAGCCAAAGUGCAAACUACAGUCUAACUCUUCAAAAGAUUGAUAAGCUCAACAUCAAUGUCAUUGUGGUUUUCGCUGCGCGACAAUAUGCAAAAAAUAUAAUCAAAGCAGCCAUAACAAAUAAUAUCCGAGACAAAGUUUGGAUUGCAAGUGAAACAUGGUCCAUGAAUCAGCAGCUUCUUAAAGAGCCAGGAAUUGAGAAAAUUGGAACAAUUAUUGGCAUUACAGAGAGAUUUUUGUCAUUGCCAGGAUUUAAUGAAUUCAUUUAUAAAACCAAAGAAACAACUGAGGUUUAUCCUAAUGAUAACACUGAGAGUGAAAUCCACACAAAUACAUGUAAUCAAGAUUGUGACAACUGCUCAUUGGUGACUGCAGAGGAAAUUAUAAAUGAAGAUCCCACAUUCUCUAUUUCCAUCUACGCUGCCAUAUACACCAUAGCUCAUGCAUUACAUAAAGUUCUGCACUGCAACAUGAACCAAUGCAACAAAAAUACAACAGUUAAGCCAUACAUGCUUCUGGAAGAAAUUAAGAAUUUGGAUUUCACACUCAAUAACCAUCAGGUGAAAUAUGAUGUUAAUGGCGAUCGAAUUAUCAGUUAUGCAGUCGUGGUCUGGCACACUGAAAUAAAUUCUCCAUGGAUUGAGAUGGUGGGCACUUAUGACACAUAUCCAGAAAUUAAUUUUACCAUCCACAACUCACUCAUGCCCUGGCAUAACAAUACUUCUGUUCCUUUCUCAAACUGCUCUGUUGAGUGUAAGGAGGGAUUUUCAAGAGAACACGUGGGAUAUCAUGAUUGCUGCUUUCUGUGUAAAAAAUGUCCACAAAACAGCUAUGUGAAUUAUUCUCGGGACCCCUACACCUGUUUGUUAUGUGCAGAGAAUGAAUGGUCUGAUGGCAGUGCGACAUGUCAGACACGUUCUGUUAUCUAUCUAAAGGUCACAGAAAUCCCCUCCAUUGUACUUUUAUUUUCUAAUGUAUGCUUGAUUACUCUUCUUAUUAUCACGCUAUUCAUUUUCGCUUACAAUAACAACACACCAGUAGUGAGGUCUGCUGGUGGCAACAUGUCUUUCCUAAUGUUAGUGUGUAUGAUUAUUUCUUGCCUUAGUGCGUUCUUUUUCUUUGGUGAACCCACAAUAGAAAAUUGUACUUAUAGAAAUGCCUUUUAUUGUUUAUUCAACCCUGUCUGUCUCUCCUGUUUGUUUGUCCGUGCCUUUCAAAUAGUUUGUGUCUUCAAAAUGAACGAGUUCCCUAAUGUGCACAGGUUGUGGGUAAAGUACAACGGCCAGUGGGUGUUUGUUACCGCUUUCUGUGUUUUUUUAUUAUUUUUUUUAGUUAUUUUGAUAAAUUUAGGACCACCAAAACCUUACAGGGACUUACUGUCUUUUAAAAAUCAGAUUUUUUUCACCUGUGCAAGGGCAAACGUUAUAUUCGUUAUCAUAGCUGGUUUUGUGAAUAUGUUUCCUGGUGCCUUGUGUAUCUGGUUUUCUUACAUGGGAAGAGAUCUUCCUAAAAAUUACAAUGAGGCCAAAUCAAUAACCUUCAGUAUAGUUUUUUUAAUUGUGGCCUGGAUUUUAUACUUCACAGUUUACUUUUUCAUCAACAGCAAAGACAUCCUGUUUGUUAAUGCACUCGCCCAAAUGUCCAGUACAUAUGGAAUUCUCUUCAGCUAUUUCAUACCAAAAUCUUACAUCAUGUUAUUUCAACCGAAGAAGAACACUGCUGCAUACUUUCAAACAUCUAUUCAAAAUUACACACAAACUAUUAGUAGAAGUUAACCACAGCAAUUAUGCUGUACAGAUGCAGAUCAAAUGCUUCACGGGGAUAUUUUGAUUGCUUUUAGUUUUAGUUAGUUGUAAAAAUACCGUAGAUAUAUUACAGAUACAUUACAGAUAUAUUACCUAGCACUUUUUCUUUUCUCACCUGGUUAGGUAAACUCAUGCAAAGUAAAAUACCAAAGAUUCUCUGACAAUCUCUGAAGCAGCAGGUCGUUAAAGUCCAACCUGAUCUCACGAAUUUCCGUGGCAUAGUCACGGAAUUUUUUGCUCAUUUUUCCGUGACAUUCUCACGGAUCUCCGCAUAUUUCCGUGGCCCUGCCACGGACUUUCUUUUCCGUGGCAUUCUCACGGAUUGGUUACUCAACUGUUUUGUCCUAUUUUCUUACCAUUUUCGCUUCGGUUUAGGGUUAGAUUUACAUAAAAUGACAUCCCUACCCAAACCCAACUCUAACCCCAAUGCCAGGUGACAAUUGAUUAAAGUUUAGAAAAUAUAAAAGAAUACAUCAGAAAAUUUUUUAUAAACCAAUACUUACAGUGACAAAGUAAUGCAAGCACCAAAUCUAACGCUAAACCG